UAUGUAUACAAAUAUAGAAGGUGUGUUUGUGUAACUUACGGAUGGUUACCAUGACAACGGCAGCCUCCUCUCCCAGCAUGCACCAGCAGCAGAGCGCUUCCCGGCACACAGCGGCAGCAGGUGGAAGUGCAGCAGGGUGGAGCAGCAGACCGACGGACAGCAGCCAGGAGGAUGAUGGAUGGAUGCACCGCCUCAGACGGCCUCAGCCAGGACGAGCAGAGCAUGAUGGGAGACCUCGACUCUGUCAGUUUUCUGGAUAAACUCCCAAAUGGAAGCAGAGUGGAGGAAGAGGAGGAGGUAAAGGAGGAGCAAGAAGAUGGAGGUGAACUGAUGAGGAACAGCUCUGAGGAGCAGCCAGAGAGGAGGGGUGAGGAGAAAGAGGAGAGAUUCAUGAUGAAGAAAGAGGAGGAAGAGGAGCAGUUAGGAGAUGAACAGACAGAAACUCCCUGCUCCUCCAUCAUAGCUCCUGCUUUACAACAGGACCAGGGAGGAGCUGACGAAGAGGAGGAGGAGGAAGUCAGAGGAGAAGAACAGAAAGAGGGAGAUAAAGAGGAGGAGGACGUGACAGAGGAGAAAAGAGUUGCGGUGAAGAAAAAGGAGGAGCAGCUCGAAGGACAAGAUGGAGAGGUGGGGAAGAAACCGAGGGAGGCUCAGACAGAAACUCCCUGCUCCUCCAUCACAGCUCCUCCUAAUGAGAGAGGAGCUGACGAAGAGGAGGAGGAAGGAACGACUGACGGAGAGAAAGAGGAGCUGAUGGAGGAGUCUUCAGAGCUCCACCCUCCCCCAGAGAUGAAUAAAAUAAUCGUUCCCAGCAGCUCAGAGAGUCCUUCUGAGAAGCAGCUGGACGUCCAGGAGGAGAAAACAAACACACAAGCACCUCCCGCCACUCCAUCCUCUAAAGACCAGGAGGUCCCUGCUGAUAAAACAAACUCUCCCCUGACCAAAGGUGUUGUCAGCAAAGAGAAGAGACGUUUGAUUUCUACUGCAGCUCUUCCCUCCAGGACCAAAGCUCCAACCACAGCAGCUGCCUCAGCGAGGAAAACCAGCACCUCCUCCUCUCCAAAAAAACCUGCUCCACCCAAGAAAACAAGUGCUCCCCCUCCUCUUAAGAAAGAAAAAGCAGCUGUGAAGGAAACAGCUGAAGAAGCUAUGAAGGCUUCCAAGACAGCAGGGGGCACCAAAGCAGCCAAGAUGAUGUCAGCCAAGAGUACAGAGUCAGUAGACGGCGUCAGCAGUCCAGGAAGCCGUUCCCCUGCCAGUCGAUCGUCUACUCCAAACAGAGACGUCAAGAAGGUAGCAGUGGUCCGGACCCCCCCCAGGUCUCCAGGCUCUGCUCGUGGACGGACACCCCCCCUCCCGUCCCACCCCAUGCCGGACCUCAGCAACGUGAAAUCAAAGGUCGGAUCCACAGAGAACCUCAAACACUCACCCGGAGGGGGCAAGGUUCAGAUCGUCCAUAAGAAGCUGGAUCUCAGUAAUGUGACAUCAAAGUGUGGCUCCAAAAGUAACAUCCACCACAAACCAGGUGGGGGGAAGCUGGAGAUUAAAUCAGAGAAGGUGGAUUUUAAAGGCGCUCAGUCUAAAAUCGGUUCUCUGGAGAACAUCACUCAUGUGCCAGGAGGAGGGAAGAAGAAGAUUGAGACUCAGAAGCUGAACUUCAGAGAGACCGCCAAAGCUCGGACCGACCACGGUGCCGACAUAGUCACCCAGCCCGACUCCUCCCCUCCUCGCCUUAGCAACACUUCCUCCCCCGGAAGCCUUAAUGCUGCUGAAGCUCCGCCCCUCAACACCCUGGCCGACCAGGUUUCGGCCUCCCUCGCCAAACAAGGCCUGUGAUCAGAUGACCCGGUGCCUGCAGACCCACCCCUCCUGUUACCAAGGAAACUGCCUGAUGGAAGAAAGAAAAAAAAAUCAUCAUUCUGCCUUUUUCCUCAUGACCUUCAUCUAAUGUCACAGCGACAGGAUUGGAGAGAUUUUAUCAGCUCAGACAGCCAAUAACAGGCGUUCAGUCAGCACUCAGCGAGGCAGGUAACCCUCCUCUGUUUCCUCCAGAGAAGAAGAGUAUCAGGGCAGCGCGUGGCUAUGCUAGCUUAGCACAAAGACUGGAAACAGGGCGAAACUGCUAGCCUGGCUCCGGGUGGUCGCAGGUGGACUCUUCUUGGUGGGCUAGGUGUUCCCCCCGUGUGCAGUCCUUAUGCUAAGCUAGCUUAAACACUUCCUGGACCUCUCUCUGUGUGAGGGUUGAACUUUUGGGCUUUGAGCUGGUUCCAGAAGUACUUGAGGAGGUUUUUGGGUGCUUGAACCCAGUCGGAGUCCUUCAGGAGGACCCUGAGGAGGUUUCAGGUGCGGCUGUGUGAUACGGACACUGAUCCUGAUAGAAACGUUUCCUCGUCACGUGACAACAGAGCUAACCCUAACCAGUCACAUGGCGACCUUCAGGCCGCCACAUGAUGAUGCUGUAGGUCUGAAACACGUCGUCUGACUUUCAGCUUAUUUCAGCUUCUGAAACACGGAGUUAGUUCCGAAAAAUCGACAUAAACUCAGGAUCAGUGAGACGGUUUGAGAAGUCCUUGAGGACGUUUACAAGUUCAGGGGGUCCAGGAGGUUUUUCCAGGAGUCCUUGAGCUAUCGUCUCAGAGAAAACAGAGAAUACGUUAACCAGCCUGGAGCUUCCUUCAUAAAAUCCCUCCAAUCACAUAAAGUCUCUCUCUCUGAUGUCACCUCUCUCAGCCAAUCAUCACCUCUUCUGUGUUUCUGAAUGCUGAUGUGCUGUAGGCCCUCGUGAUGACCCCCCCCCACCCCCACACACACUCACCAUCCCAGAAUGCAGUUUGAUACCAAACGCCAAAACCAUGUCUCACUCUCUGCUUGUGGCUGUUAAAGUGCUUUGUACCAAUAAAGUUUCUCUUGGAUCCGAA